AUGCACUCACUAAUCACUCGACGGGUUUUAGUUUUAGGAAAUGCCAGUUUCCGCAAGUUUACGACGGCAAGAAUGACUCAGACUAACGGGAUAAAUGGGAAUGGCAACUCGGCUUCCACCGAUCUUCUGGAUACGCCAUCUGCCUACACUCAAAAAUCGAAUAAAACUCACAAAAGUAUUGACUUGCGAUCGGAUACGGUAACAGUUCCGUCCGUCGAGAUGCGAAAAGCAAUGGCUGAGGCUAUUGUCGGUGACGACGUUUAUGGAGAGGAUACAACGACGACUAGACUCGAACAAAGAUGCGCCGAACUUUUCGGAAAAGAAGCCGGUCUCUUUGUUGCUAGUGGAACAAUGGGAAAUCUUUUGGCAAUUAUGGCUCAUUGUCAACGUGGAGACGAGAUCAUCGUCGGACGAUACAAUCAUAUUCAUCGUUGGGAACAGGGAAAUUAUGCUCAGUUAGCUGGAAUUUCUGCAACGACGUUGGAAGUGAAACCAGAUGGAACUAUGGAUUUGGAUGAUAUCGAACAGGCGAUUCGUGUCAAGGGAGGUUAUAUUCAAAUUUAUGAUGAGAGUUGUGAUGUUGAAGUGACAAGUAUACCAGACUGCCACAUGCCUGCUUCCAAACUCAUUUGCAUUGAGAAUACUCACAAUUACACGGGUGGAAAGGCUCUCCCUAUCGACUGGAUGAAAUCUGUGAAGAUGCUCGCCGAACGUCGUGACCUCAAGGUUCACAUGGACGGUGCUCGAAUCUACAACGCCGCAGUCGCUUCUAACACCUCCGUCAAACAUAUCGCCUCUUUUGCUGACACCGUUCAAAUGUGCUUCUCGAAAGGUCUCGGUGCUCCAGUUGGAUCAAUUGUUGUCGGUCCAAAAGCUUUCAUUGAUCGUGCAAGACAUAGUAGAAAGGCAUUGGGAGGUGGAUGGAGACAGAGUGGAGUACUCGCUGCAGCUGCUCAUGUUGCUCUCGAUCAUGCUGAUGCUACCAUUCGGGCUGAUCAUGACAGAGCCAAGAAGUUGUCGAAAAUGAUCAAUGAUGCUACUCCAGAAAAUUUGAGAAAUAAAGUAUACGCCGCAGAAAACGACAUCACCAACAUGGUUCUUAUCCAUUGUGUGAACGGUGUUUCAGUUCAACAGCUCAACGAUUUCUUCCAAAAGCACGACGUCUUGGCCAUGACAUUCGACGCGAGACGUAUUCGAAUGGUUCUCAAUUGGAAUGUUAAUGAUGAGAAUCUCGAGACGAUCGUUGAAGUUUACAAACAAUUUUUGAAACAAUUGUGA